ACAGCCAUUUUUCAUCCACAAGGCACAAACCUACAACACAAAAACAACAAAACCACAGACGAGGAGCAUGACAGAAAAACAACCAAAACACAAUUGAGUGAAAUUGAAAUGAGGGAAGGGAAUAAAGGUGGGAUUGGUGGGAAUGAUCAGCUGACGCAAUCUGGAGUAGCAGUAGCACAGACAGAAAACAGAAAAUAACAUAAACAACCUAACCUGUAAAAAUUCUGAAUAUGUCCAAAUAUAUGGUUCCUGUCGGAGGAGACAAAUUGGACAAUGACUUACAUUCCUUAAAAUCCGAUGAGAAAGCAUACAUCCGCUUUAUCAACAAAACGGACCGAACCAUUGAGUUGGUCUGGAUAAAUUUCAAGGGGGAGUACUGGCGGUACCAAGUACUCAGAAAAGACGAAUACCUUGAUGUAAAUACAUACAAAACGCAUCCUUGGAUGGCCCUAGACCAGAUCACCAAAGACAGAAUGCAUGUUGAUAGUAAGUUCUUGUUUUUACCGAAAACUAGUGCUGAAUAUCUUCAGGAGAGGUACCCUGAUAAGAUAGUCCCUGAGCACUAUGAAAUGAGGAUGAGGGUGUAUGUCACCCUCCCAAUGUAUAGUUUGAAAUAUGCUGCAUUAUUAUCAAUACGGAAUCGACUGAGGAACACUGAAGAUGCAGAUGUCUUGGAAUUACCAAGAGAAUUGAUAGAGGAACUGAAGAGAACUAUUAAUCAUAGGAAACACAUGUGCAGUACUGUAAGGAAACUCCAUGUAUCAACCCGUUGA